AGCACAUAGGUAGCCCUCCAAAAAUCAUCCAGUUUUCUAAAUUAUGGAAAUUGUGUGGAAGACGUUGACCUGGAUUUUGAGCCUUGUCAUGGCUUCAUCGGAAUUUCAUAGCGACCACAGACUUUCAUACAGUUCUCAAGAGGAAUUCCUGACUUAUCUUGAACACUACCAGCUAACUAUUCCAAUAAGGGUUGAUCAAAAUGGAGCUUUUCUCAGCUUUACUGUGAAAAAUGAUAAACACUCAAGGAGAAGACGGAGUAUGGACCCUAUUGAUCCACAGCAGGCAGUAUCUAAGUUAUUUUUUAAACUUUCAGCCUAUGGCAAGCACUUUCACCUAAACUUGACUCUCAAUACAAAUUUUGUGUCCAAACAUUUUACAGUAGAAUAUUGGGGGAAAGAUGGACCCCAGUGGAAACAUGAUUUUUUAGACAACUGUCAUUACACAGGAUACUUGCAAGAUCAACGUAGUACAACUAAAGUGGCUUUAAGCAACUGUAUUGGGUUGCAUGGUAUUAUUGCUACAGAAGAUGAAGAAUAUUUUAUUGAGCCUUUAAAGAACACCACAGAAGAUUCCAAGCAUUUUAGUUAUGAAAAUGGCCAUCCUCAUGUUAUUUACAAAAAAUCUACCCUUCAACAACGACAUCUCUAUGAUCACUCUCAUUGUGGGGUUUUGGACCUCACAAGAAGUGGCAAACCUUGGUGGCAGAAUGAAACAUCAUCUGCUUUUCCUUCUUUACUGCCAACUAAUGACACACAUAUUCACCACAGACAGAAAAGAUCAGUGAGCAUUGAGCGGUUUGUGGAAACAUUAGUAGUGGCAGACAAAAUGAUGGUGGGCUACCAUGGCCGCAAAGAUAUUGAACAUUACAUUUUGAGUGUGAUGAAUAUUGUUGCCAAACUUUAUCGUGAUUCCAGCCUAGGAAACGUUGUGAACAUUAUAGUGGCCCGCUUAAUUGUUCUCACAGAAGAUCAGCCAAACUUGGAGAUAAACCACCAUGCAGACAAGUCCCUCGAUAGCUUCUGUAAAUGGCAGAAAUCCAUUCUCUCCCACCAAAGUGAUGGAAACACCAUUCCAGAAAAUGGGAUUGCCCACCACGAUAAUGCAGUUCUUAUUACUAGAUAUGAUAUCUGCACUUAUAAAAAUAAGCCCUGUGGAACACUGGGCUUGGCCUCUGUGGCUGGAAUGUGUGAGCCUGAAAGGAGCUGCAGCAUUAAUGAAGACAUUGGCCUGGGUUCAGCUUUUACCAUUGCACAUGAGAUUGGUCACAAUUUUGGUAUGAACCAUGAUGGAAUUGGAAAUUCUUGUGGGACAAAAGGUCAUGAAGCAGCAAAACUUAUGGCAGCUCACAUUACUGCAAAUACCAAUCCUUUUUCCUGGUCUGCCUGCAGUCGAGACUAUAUCACCAGCUUUCUUGAUUCAGGCCGUGGUACUUGCCUUGAUAAUGAGCCUCCCAAGCGUGACUUUCUUUAUCCAGCUGUGGCCCCAGGUCAGGUGUACGAUGCUGAUGAGCAAUGUCGUUUCCAGUAUGGAGCAACUUCCCGCCAAUGUAAAUACGGGGAAGUGUGUAGAGAGCUCUGGUGCCUCAGCAAAAGCAACCGCUGUGUCACCAACAGUAUUCCAGCAGCUGAGGGGACGCUCUGUCAAACGGGGAAUAUUGAAAAGGGGUGGUGUUAUCAGGGAGAUUGUGUUCCUUUUGGCACUUGGCCCCAGAGCAUAGAUGGGGGCUGGGGUCCCUGGUCACUGUGGGGAGAGUGCAGCAGAACCUGCGGGGGAGGCGUCUCCUCAUCCCUAAGACACUGUGACAGUCCAGCACCUUCAGGAGGUGGAAAAUAUUGCCUUGGGGAAAGGAAACGGUAUCGCUCCUGUAACACAGAUCCAUGCCCUUUGGGUUCCCGAGAUUUUCGAGAGAAACAGUGUGCAGACUUUGACAAUAUGCCUUUCCGAGGAAAGUAUUAUAACUGGAAACCCUAUACUGGAGGUGGGGUAAAACCUUGUGCAUUAAACUGCUUGGCUGAAGGUUACAAUUUCUACACUGAGCGUGCCCCUGCAGUGAUUGAUGGGACCCAAUGCAAUGCGGACUCACUGGAUAUCUGUAUCAAUGGAGAGUGCAAGCAUGUAGGUUGUGAUAAUAUUUUGGGAUCUGAUGCUAGGGAAGAUAGAUGUCGUGUUUGUGGAGGGGAUGGAAGCACAUGUGAUGCCAUUGAAGGGUUCUUCAAUGACUCCUUGCCCAGAGGAGGUUACAUGGAAGUGGUGCAAAUACCAAGAGGGUCUGUUCACAUUGAAGUCAGGGAGGUUGCUGUGUCAAAGAAUUAUAUUGCUCUAAAAUCUGAAGGGGAUGAUUACUAUAUUAAUGGUGCCUGGACUAUUGACUGGCCCAGGAAGUUUGAUGUUGCUGGGACAGCUUUUCACUAUAAGAGACCAACUGAUGAACCUGAAUCCUUAGAAGCUCUGGGUCCCACCUCUGAAAAUCUUAUUAUAAUGGUUCUGCUCCAGGAACAAAAUUUGGGAAUUAGGUAUAAGUUCAACGUUCCCAUCACUCGCACUGGCAGUGGAGAUAAUGAAGUUGGCUUCACGUGGAAUCAUCAGCCUUGGUCAGAAUGCUCAGCUACUUGUGCUGGAGGUGUCCAAAGACAGGAGGUGGUCUGUAAAAGGCUGGAUGACAACUCCAUUGUCCAGAAUAAUUACUGUGAUCCUGACAGUAAGCCACCUGAAAAUCAAAGAGCCUGCAACACUGAGCCCUGCCCACCUGAGUGGUUCAUUGGGGAUUGGUUGGAGUGCAGCAAGACUUGUGAUGGUGGGAUGCGCACAAGGGCAGUGCUCUGCAUCAGGAAGAUCGGACCUUCAGAGGAGGAGACACUGGACUAUAGUGGUUGUUUAACACACCGGCCUAUCGAAAAAGAGCCCUGCAACAACCAGUCAUGUCCACCUCAGUGGGUGGCUUUGGACUGGUCAGAAUGUACUCCAAAAUGUGGUCCAGGAUUCAAGCAUCGGAUUGUUCUGUGUAAGAGCAGUGACCUUUCUAAAACAUUCCCAGCUGCACAAUGUCCAGAGGAAAGCAAACCUCCUGUCCGCAUCCGCUGCAGUUUGGGCCGCUGCCCUCCUCCUCGCUGGGUGACAGGAGACUGGGGCCAGUGUUCUGCUCAGUGUGGCCUUGGACAGCAAAUGCGAACUGUGCAGUGUCUCUCCUAUACUGGACAGGCAUCUAGUGACUGUUCGGAAACUGUUCGGCCUCCAUCAAUGCAGCAGUGUGAAAGCAAAUGUGACAGUACUCCCAUCUCCAAUACUGAAGAGUGCAAAGAUGUGAACAAAGUGGCUUAUUGCCCACUGGUGCUGAAGUUCAAGUUCUGCAGUCGAGCAUACUUCAGACAGAUGUGUUGUAAGACCUGCCAAGGACACUGACCCAUGGAAAGCCAGAGAGAGAGAGAGAGCCUUGUCAUUUCAUCUUGGAAAUGCAUCCAUCAAAGAGAGCCACCCAGAGGAAGAGGAUUGAUGUCCUUGCAAAAGCAUUACCCUGUGGAAAACGUAACCACUGGUCAGCCCUAGCUGACAGGAUUUCAAUAUUAUUUUAACUUCUGUGAAGUGGGAUUUAUUGAUCCAAAGUGCUGGACAUGGUGUUAGGAGGGAAUGCCAGAUUGGAGAGAUCCAAACAACACAGGGAGACUUGCUUACUGUGGAACGUUUGUGUUCUUUCGAGUAAAUCCAAUAGCCUGUUUACCUCCUUGGACCAUUAAGAUAAUUUUUAUUAUGGACUUAGCAAUGACACUGAAUCCAUUUGUAUUUAAAACUGUUUAAAAUGUAGCUGUUAUGACUUGGUCAACUACAGAAGUAAAGAAGAUUCAGAAUUCUUAAGUCAUACCUUAAAAAUAUGUACUAUACUUUAUCUCACUACAACAGCACCACAAUUUAAAUUAUAAAAUGGGCUUUGAACUGUAAUUUAAGGAGCAAUUAUAAAUCAAAAGUAAUGAAAGUUUGUAUUAUUAUUCUUCAUUCCACUUAAUUUCCUUAGGAAUAAUCCCCCAUUCUGAACACUGCUGUGAGCCAUAUAUAAAACUAUAUUAAACUGAACAAUGAGGGACUUAGUUUAAAGCAGUGCAUCAGUUACUGCAGCUGUGCAAGUCUAUAAAUUCAGUGCUAAAGACUGUGGCCAACUUGCCCUUGUGCGAGUGAAGCUGAGAUUUCCAUUAAAACUUUAAGAGAAAAACAUUUCAGUUUUGUGCAGAAGCCAGACCUGGGGUAUGGUGGAGACCAGUCCCUUUGCUGCCAUCUCGCAGGAUGCCUUACUUCUUAUCUAAGUCACCCCAACUCACUGUGUUUACAUCCUUACCAGCCACAGAACAGCUUCUGGCCCUGUUGGACUGUUGCGCGCAUGUUGAGCUUACUGAGAUGAUGCCAUGCAAGAGAUAGACUGGCUCGGUCACAACCAGGCAGACCCUUUUGCAAUUAGCUGACAAUUACGAUGGGUUCCAGAUGUCCCUUCUGUGAUAUGGUAGAAGGGCAUUUAUUUAUAUGAGAGCAAGCGUGUGCAUAUAUACAUGUGUGUGUGUGUAUGUGUAUGGGUACUUUUGAGUGUGUGAAUAGAUACGUGUGGUGCACAUAAAUGUGCUAUUUCUGUGAGUUUUAAAGUAAGCAAAGGAUAACAACCAAAGAAGAAAAACUCAUGAAGGCUAGCGAUCGUAAAGCAUAAUUUUAACAGUCACUCAAUCAAGUAUUUUAUAUUUUUAUGAAUACUCUGAAUGGCAAUUAAAUGUGAAACCCAGUUUCUGGGCAAGUCAAAUUCUAGAAUCACAUUCAACUAAAUUAAAAUGACUAGCUCAUAUCUUACCUAUCUUCAAGUUUCACAUCCUGCUCAUCAAAAGACUCAAUAGCUAGAUUUUUUUUUAAAAGGGUACUUGUUUAUAUUAUUAUUUUGUACUUGAACCCUCGUAGCUUGUAGCAGGUUCUUGAUGAAUGUGCUUUGUGUCCAGCACACUCCUUUGUUUUACACGUGUGGACACCCUGCAAACACCAGUACCUAAAACUCAACACUUAAUGGUUACUUUGUAAAGAUAUUUGCAGUGGAAGAACAUGCUUCACUUAUGUCUGUCACUGUGCUCUGAAACUACACAUUGGCUUACCAUGUAUACCAUGACCUAAGGGAAAUGGUUCUUUUUUUUUUUUUUUCUGAAAGAGAAACUCAGACACCAUCCUAAGCUUCCUAAGCCAUCCUAAGCUUCUGGGUUUGCUGUGGACAGUUGGCACGGAAUGUUUUUUCAUGCUUAGUCAUAACCAUCAUAUCUUGUUACCUGCUUCUCUCUCAAUAAUCAGUUCCCAUCCUCUGAGUUUUCCAGAGAGAGAACUAUUUGUGAUAUAAGACAAAUUACCAAGGCCCUAUCUAUGCUGCCUUUAGAGGACCAGCCCAAGUGCCAUCUUAGCCAAUGAUGAAGGGAAAGCAGCCCCUGGACAGGGUGCUCCUAGCACUGAAUUAAUCCCUUGGCGCCUUUCAAAGAACAGUUAACUUGGUGCUAAUGUGCCCUGGUGAAAUAAGGAAAAUAGAGUACAUGGUUUCUGUGGCAGUUUAGGCACAGUUUUAUUAUUCACAUCUGAUUUUCACCAACACACAAAUAGCAGCUCACAGUUUUGUUUCAAAAGGCUAACUUACAUUACUGAGUGAACGCUAUAUUUUUACCUCACCUGGAAACGAGCACUGUGCAGCACCAUGACUGGAGCUAGAAGAGGAGGGCAGCCUCAUUCCCUCUUGGGUGUACUACAGCUCUAAGGUCAAGAUGCUCCCCGGGGCAUUAUCACGUCGCCCUCAAGAGGAACCUAGCAGAGAUACAAUAGGGUUAAACAUUUUCAGAUAGGCCCUGAAUUUAAACCUGAGCAAGUGUUAAAAAGAAAAUCAUGUUCCACAGCACAUUAGAAUAUCGCUGCUACUCUGGAGCCACCCAUGUGGCUAUAUGAAGCUCUAUUCCUAAAUAAUAGCAAUGGGAUUGUCAGUGGUGAAGGCUGGGCCACCAUGGCAGAUUCCAAAAGUAGUGUAGAUAUAGACUACUUAAGGAACCCCAUGGAAACUGGUACUCCACAGGUGGGGGCAGUGUCUGCCACUGGUAUGAAGGCCUACCAAUAAAGGAAAGGUAAAUGUACCCCCCAAAAUUAAAGCCCUGGAAAUAUGUAUGACUUUCAAAUAGUCCAUUUCAUUAGGAACUUUUUUAUUUGAGUGAAUGUCACAUAGGUAUCCUUAAUAAUACAGAAUGAAAUUACCUUUGUAUUAUUGUGAUUAGUUGUUGCUUAUUAUUUUAUACUCAGUAUUAAUGUGGUACACUGUUACUUUUUUUGCUUUUGUAAAUUAUAUUCUAAUUUAUUGCCAUGUUUCCUAACACUUGUCCUUCAUUCAUUCUCCUGCUUGUAAUGAAAAUGAAAGUCAUUGUAACCCUUGAUGGAGUGAAUUCCACACCAGGCACAGAUUUUUUUUUUAACAUAGAUAAUUUAGAAAAAAUAAAAAUUCAGCUUGUAAGAAUGA